AUGUGCAAGAGAGUGUUGAGUGAUGAUGAGAAGUUCAAGCAAGGGUAUCCAAAAUCCACGACUGAGUUGUUGAGAAACAAGGCUUUGACUCAUGUGUGCAGUGCUGAACACAAGGGUUUACGAGAGUUGGUCACUUCUCGAGUUUUGGGUCAGAAUGUGUUGGCAAUGUACCUGGAACGUGUGGAGAAGAUAGUGAUUAAUUCGUUGGAAGAGUUAUCCAGCAUGAAGCACCCUGUUCAGCUAUUCAAAGAGAUGGAGAAGGUUUCCUUUGACAUCAUUGCUCACAUCUUCAUGGGUUCUCACAGUCUCUCCAACAUCGCCAAGUUGAGAGACUUGUUUCACCAAUUCUGCAUAUGUAGUCCCAUGUAUUCUAUUGCCAUUAACUUGCCUGGUUUUGCUUUCCAUAAAGGACUCAAGAUACGAAAGAAGUUGAAGAAGCUAAUUGUAUCCGUAGUGGGUGAAAGGAGGCUAAUGAUGAAAACUGGAGAAGUUGGGGAUAAGAAGGAUCUUAUUGACCUUGUUUUGGAAGGGAAAGGGGAGAAUGGUGAGGAAUUGAAGGAGGAAGAUGUUGCAGACAUGUUGAUAAUGCUUCUGUUUGCUGGUCAUGAAACCACAGCAGUGGGUUUGACAUCCACAAUUUUAUAUCUUACACGACAUCCACAAGUUUUUACAAAAGCCAAGGAAGAACAAGAAGCAAUUGUGAAGCGAAGACCAUCAUCUCAGAAACAUUUAAGUCAUAAGGACAUUAAGCAGAUGGUUUAUCUUUCUCAGGUAAUUAAUGAAAUGUUACGCCGUACCAAUAUUGCCUUUACACUUUUCCGUGAGGCUACAACUGAAGUUAAUAUCAAUGAUUAUAUCAUACCCAAAGGAUGGAGAGUUCUAGUUUGGACAAGAGCUGUUCAUAUGAAUCCUGAAUACUAUCCAAAUCCAGAUGCAUUUGAUCCAUCAAGAUGGGAUGACUACAAUCCUAAGACAGGAACAUUCCUUCCUUUUGGAGCAGGAACUAGGUUUUGUCCAGGAAAUCACAUAUUCAAAUUCGAAAUUUCUAUAUUUUUACAUUAUUUUCUCCUAAAUUACAAGUUGAAGCAAAUAAAUCCAGAAAGUCCUGAAUCUAUCUUCCCAUUCUCCUACCCAAAAGUCUUAGCUAAGGUCAUAAAGGUCUCUAGCUUAAGUAAUUGA